AUGCAACCAUACAAGUUCACUGUUCAAUUUGAACCAGGACACACAAAUGCAUCUGAUGUACUAUCUCGUUCACCUUUACCAGCUACAGGAGAAAAGUUAAGUGAUGAUACAGAACAUUUCAUCAACUCAAUUGUUUAUGAUGCUAUUCCUAAAUCAGUCACAAUAGAGGAAAUUCAAGAAAUAUCAAGAAAUGAUGAAAUAUUGAAAAACAUCAAAGAACAGAUCAAAUCAGAGAAAUGGUCAAAAAGUCCACAAUACAAACCAUACUUUCUGAACCGGAGAGACCUCUGGAUCAAAGAUGAUAUUAUUUUAAAAGGCACAAAGCUAAUAAUUCCCACAGAUCUAAGACAAAGAAUACUUGCCACAGCACACCAACAUCACUUAGGCAUUGUGAAAACUAAAGGAUUACUUAGAGAAAAAGUAUGGUGGCCAGGAAUAGAUCAAGAAGUGGAAAACUUGAUAAAACAUUGCCAUGCAUGUCAAGUAACAGGAUCCAAUAAAGUAAAUUUUGAACCACUUGAGGUAACAAAGAUACCCUCAACAAAUUGGCACACAGUAGCUUUGGACAUUCAAGGACCAUAUCCAACAAAGGAUUACUUAAUAGCACUCAUAGACUACAGAUCAAGAUAUCCAGUAGUUGCACAAGUCAAAACUAUCAACACAAAGACGUACCUCAAACAACAUGGGAUAAAGCUAAGGAAUGUGACACCGUAUUCACCAUGGGUCAACGGUGAAGUUGAAAGAUUCAACAGAUCACUCAAAAAGGCAAAUCAAUGUGCACACGCAGAAGGAAAAGAUUGGAGAGAAGAGCUGAACAAGUUUCUACUUCUCUACAGAACAACCCCACAUGCAACAACAGGACAGUGCCCAGCUACAGUAUUUUUUGGACGUGGUAUCAAGAAUGACAUACCAGAAUAUGCAAAGGAUGAAUCACAAGACACAGAAUUAGAUAGGAAAGACAGAGAAAAGAAAGGGAAAAUGAAGAAUUACACAUACAUCAAAAGGAAUGCAAAAGACAGUGAAAUUCAGGAACAAGACACAGUGCUAGUAAAGAAUCUCUGGAAAAAUGACAAAUUAUCUCCAAAUUGGUUAAAUGAGAAAUUCAAAGUCAUCAAGAUCUACAGGAAAAGUGCUUUACUAGAGAAUGAAAGAGGAAACAAAUUUUACAGGAACAAAGCUCAUCUCAAGAAAUACAAUGAGAGUGAAUCAAACAGACAAGCAGUAACUCAAAAGAAGAACACACACAACACAGAUGAAGAGGAAGACAUCUUAGCAGAGGAACUCUUAAUUGACAAUGCGCAAAAUGUCGCAAGGCCAACGCGUUCCGAGCGCAGACCGAAUAGAGCAAUCACUAAUGCUAAUGACGCCAAUAACACUCCACACUUAAAUGAAAACAAUAAUUCUAGUUUGCAUGAAAGUGAUAAUGCUGACAUGCAUCAAAAUAGUGAAAAUAGGUUUAAGGAAGGAAUUGUUGAGGAUCAUUGGAAUGAACAAAGCAAUGAAGACAUACAAGAAGAUAUUGGCAACAGAACACCAGUUUUUGUACCAGAUUCUGUUCCAACAGCCAUUCAAGAACAAGUACAAGUGAAGAAAUUUCCAAUAAGAAGGAGUCGUAAGAAGAAAAACUGA